AUGGUGGUGCUGGUGGCUACUGCCGCUCGGUGGCCCGGGGGAGGCACGGCAGCCCGCGCGCGUCCGCCGGCUGCGAGGGCGAGGGGUCCCCGCCGCGUCGCCGCCGAGCCCGAGCAGAAGGCGGCGGCCACGGUCAGGUUGUUAUCAUUGAUGAAACCAAUAAGGCAUGACAUCAGGGCCCAAAUGUCCAAUGUAAAUGUUGGUGCUGGGAGUUAUGGAGAAGAUGAAGCAAAUAGCCAUGGAGAACUUUUGGAUACCUCUUCUACCGGAGACCCCAACAAAUUAGCAAAACAACUUUCAGGAUCUCAUUACCUGCAAUCCAUUGGUGCCGUGCUACUUCUGUGUGCCCUGGCAACUAGUUUUUUCGUUUUUUUUAAAGGACAACCAUCUGCAGUUGUAGCUAUGCUGGCAAAAUCAGGUUUCACAGCAGCAUUUACACUGAUUUUUGUAUCUGAGAUUGGAGAUAAGACGUUUUUCAUUGCUGCACUACUCGCGAUGCAAUAUCAAAGAGCACUGGUUUUACUUGGGUCAGUGGCUGCUCUCUCCCUGAUGACUAUCGUGAGUGUUAUAAUUGGACGGAUUUUCCAGUCUGUGCCAGCACAGUUUCAAACAACGCUACCAAUAGGAGAGUAUGCUGCAGUUGCUCUGCUGGCAUUCUUUGGUUUCAAGUCAAUAAGAGAUGCAUUAGCACUUCCUGAUAACGCCAACGGGAACCUUCAGGGGAAUUCGGAAAGUGGGGAACUGGCUGAUGCCGAGGAGCUUGUCAAGGAAAAGGUUUCUGAAAAGCUCACCAGUCCUCUUGAAGUCCUUUGGAAGUCCUUCAGUCUUGUUUUCUUUGCUGAGUGGGGAGAUCGCUCUAUGCUUGCUACAAUUGCUUUGGGUGCUGCUCAGUCUCCUUUGGGUGUUGCUAGUGGAGCCAUAGCUGGACACUUGAUUGCAACAGCCCUUGCUAUUCUUGGAGGAGCAUUCCUGGCCAACUACUUGUCUGAGAAGCUGGUUGGCUUGUUAGGAGGAGUACUAUUUUUGCUCUUCGCGGCAGCGACGCUUUUUGGUGUAUUCUAA